UUUUUUUUUUUUUUUUUUUUCCAAAAAAUGAUUCAUCUUUUUUUUUGUGUGUGUUCGAAAGAUAUAUAAAAUUUGAAACAACCGAAAAUUAAAAUUUAUUUUGUACUUGAAUGUUUAAUUAAUUAUUUGCUCUCAAAGAAAAUAGUUUCGAGCUAAAAAUAUUUUUUAAUCCUUUAAUAAGAAGGAGAUGUAUAAAACAUUUUCAACUGGCCGUCCUACAUAGAAUAUGGCGAAUGUUAAAUAUAUUAUUUGAAAGCUAUCCUACGAAUUGCCAUAACUUAUUGAUGCGUGUAAAUUAUAUACAAACGAUUCAACUUAUUAAAGUUAAAGCUCUAAUGAAAUGUAACACGCAAUAAUUUUUGUAGACCAUAUGUUAAUAAAACUGAUGUUAAUAAAUUCUUCCAUAAAUUUCUAUUAAUUCGAAAAUAAAAAAGAAUUGAAAGAGGAAUAGUAAAUUGAAAUGGUAAAUCUAAUUAAAAGAGAAAAAAAAAUGUACUGAUGAUUAAUUUACAAUAUCUGCGUGUUAAUUUAUUCAAAUGUAAUAGAAAUGUUGAAAACGAGCAAUAGUAAAUGGCACUUAUUUAAUGUCUCAUACAUCCUUCUUGUGUUUAUAUUUAUUGUUCUAAUUUUUGCCAAGUGUCCCUAUGUAAUGUAUCAUUUUAAAUACAGCCAAGUAUCUUAUCAUACGUGUAACAUAGAAUAAGGAGUAUAUCAUGCCAUAAAAGUGACGAUGGUAAACGUUUCUAAACGAGAAAUCAUAUAGUGAUAAUAUUCAUCACAUCAUAUUCAUUCACACAAAAAUACUCUCAUAUAACUGUGUACAUGACAUUCAUUUCUCUUAUUCUAACUAGCAUUUCAGGUUUUCUUCUGCUUUCUGAUUUAUAAUGUUAAUUUUAAACUAAUCUAUCAUAGUUAAUUCUAUAUAGAAUAGAUGUUAUAUUUUAUCGCUAAUUUUAGGUAACAAUUACAUGUAAAUAGUGUGAUGAACAAUUAAAUUGAAUGACAAUGGUCUUAGACUUUUUUCAACGGAUUUCUUGAACAGAUACAUAUAAUUUUGUUAUCUGUUAUGCAGAGGAGAACAGCCAAUUUCUUACAAUAGGGCACAGCAUAAUAUAUUGCAGCGUGGUUGGAUAUUUCUAUACAGUAAAGUAAUUUCUACAAUAUAGAUUUGGUAGCAAAAUGUCUCCUGCUUUAAAACCAGACGUUCAAAAAGAAAUGGAAUCGUUUUUUCAUAUCUGUAUGGCAAAUCCUUCAAUAUUAAAUCAACCAGAAUAUUCUACAGUAAAAACAUUUAUUGAAUUUUUUGGAGGACAAAUACCAAAAGUAAAUCAACAAGAAAAUGAUGAAUCACCAAGUAAAAAAUCAGAAGAUGCAAAUAUAUCUAAAGAACCAGAACCACAAUCUGAACCAGAAAGUGAAGAAGAAAGUGAUCUUGAACUUGAUAUGAGUGCAGUAAUUGAACCAGAUACAGAUGCUCCUCAAAAAAUGGGAAAUCUUACCUUACAACCAACAGAAGAAGAAAUUGCAGAAUCUCAAUCUAAACGUUCUGAAGCUGUAUCAGCAUUUAUAGAAAAAGAUUAUGAAAAAGCUAUAGAACUUUAUACUGAAGCUAUUAUAUUAAAUCCACAAGCAGCAUUACUUUAUGCCAAACGUGGACAAAUUUUCUUAUUAUUGAAUAAACCUAAUGCUUGUAUUCGCGAUUGUGAUCGUGCCUUGGAAUUAAAUCCGGAUAGUGCAGCAGCACAUAAAUUUAGAGGAAGAGCUAAUUAUUUGCUUGGAAAAUUUGAAGAAGCAGCUAAUGAUUUGAGACUUGCUUGUAAAUUUGACUUUGAUGAACAAGCUGAUGAGUGGCUACGAGAAGUUACACCAAAUGCUCGAAAAAUCGAAGAACACAAAAGAAAGAAGGAACGUAAAAUACAAGAAAAAUUAGAACGUGAGAGACAAGAAAGAUUGAGAAAAGCUCGAGAGAGUGCAAAAAUUUAUGAAGAAAAUACUCGUACCUCGCAAACUGAUUCUAGCGGUGAUACUGCUGGAAUGGGUGACUUUUACAAAUUUUUAAACGAUCCAGAUGUUCUCCAAGCUUUUAUGGAUCCUGAAGUAGCUGAAGCUUUUAAAGAAAUUUCUACAAAUCCGACAAAUAUUUUGAAAUACCAAAGCAAUCCGAAGAUUAUGGCAUUUAUUAAUAAGAUGGCUUCAAAAUUCGGUGGAGCUGGUGGAUUUCCUGGUAUGAUGGGUGGUAUGCCUGGGUUCCCAGGUGCUGGCACACAAACUACUCCAAAACCAAAACCACAGGAUGACGUUGGUCUUGAUUAAAUCUGAUAUGCUUUGUUAUUGAAAUUCCGUUUCAAUUUAUUCUCAAAUAAUUUACAAGGCUCUGAAUACUUGUUCUAAAGUGAUUGUUAUGUCAAAUGAUGCGGUGUCUUAUUAAAAAAUACUAAUGAAUUAAGCGAGCUAGAAUUUAGAAACAUGUAUAUCUUCAUUGUCAUAAUGAUAUUUUAAAAAAAAAUUUAUAUAUUUCAAAAUCAUCUUAAAAAAGGAGCAUAAUUAUAAAGAUCCUCUUUUAUACAGUAUUUCUCGUUUAAGGUUGAAAUUUUUAAUUCACUUGGUCAUCAGUUCCUGGAACUGCUUCCAUAGAAUUAAUGUUCAUAUUAUUUUUGAUCUGUGAUCGACGGUAUCUCGGAAUAAGAGUUAUCUAAAAUAUUAAAAAUAAUAUUUCUUUUAUUCUCUGAUGCAU